GGCGCGUCCGGCUGAGCGGCGGAAGCGGCGGGCGCUGCUCCCGGGCCGGGCGGCUGGCUGGCUGGUCGGCGCCGCAAGCACCGGCGGGCGGGUGCCUUGCGCCUGCUCUGCGCUGCCCCCGGAACCGCGCCGGCCCGGCGAGCGCGGGCGUCGGCGCCGCGUCCAGCCCUCCGGCCUUCCCAGGCCCGGCCGGCCCGGCGGGGACAUGAGCUUCUUCGGCUUCGGGCAGAGCGUGGAUGUGGACAUCCUGCUGAACGAUGCGGACAGCAGGAAGCGGGCCGAGCACAAGACGGAGGAUGGGAAAAAGGACAAGUACUUCCUAUUCUACGACGGAGAGACGGUGUCCGGGAAGGUGAGCCUGGCGCUCAAGAACCCCAACAAGCGGCUGGAGCACCAGGGCAUCAAGGUCGAGUUCAUCGGGCAGAUUGAACUCUACUACGACCGCGGGAACCACCACGAGUUCGUGUCCCUGGUGAAGGACCUGGCCCGGCCCGGAGAGGUCACCCAGUCACAGGCCUUCGACUUUGAGUUCACCCACGUGGAGAAGCCCUAUGAGUCCUACACUGGGCAGAACGUGAAGCUGCGGUAUUUCCUUCGCGCUACCAUCAGCCGCCGCCUCAACGAUGUUGUCAAGGAGAUGGACAUCGUGGUCCACACGCUGAGCACGUACCCGGAGCUGAACUCCUCCAUCAAGAUGGAGGUUGGGAUCGAGGACUGUCUGCACAUCGAGUUUGAGUACAACAAAUCCAAGUACCACUUGAAAGAUGUCAUUGUGGGGAAGAUCUACUUCCUGCUGGUGAGGAUCAAGAUCAAGCACAUGGAGAUAGACAUCAUCAAGCGGGAAACGACAGGCACGGGCCCCAAUGUGUACCACGAGAACGACACCAUUGCCAAGUACGAGAUCAUGGACGGCGCGCCCGUGAGAGGAGAGUCCAUCCCCAUCCGCCUCUUCCUGGCGGGCUACGAGCUCACGCCCACCAUGCGGGACAUCAACAAGAAGUUCUCUGUGCGCUACUACCUCAACCUGGUGCUGAUUGAUGAGGAGGAGCGGCGCUACUUCAAGCAGCAGGAAGUGGUCCUGUGGCGGAAGGGUGACAUCGUUCGGAAGAGCAUGUCCCACCAGGCAGCCAUCGCCUCGCAGCGCUUCGAGGGCACGGCCCCCCUGGGGGAGGCGCGGAACCCCGGCCAGCUGUCCGACGGCAGCAGCAGACAGUAGGCCUGGGGCCAGGAAGCUGCUGGGCUCCCACCCCGGCUCCAGGCCCACAGGCACCAGCAGCCGGGGCAGCAAGAUGCUCAGCUGACCCGCUACUCGCAACCUGAAAACAAAUCAUGUUCUUGAUGUAAAUUCUUUUUCCUGAAGAACCUAAGGGGUUGGGGUUGGGAGGGAGUGUCUCUGGGACGCUGUGGCUGAUGGGAACAUAGGGAGAGGGGGCGUCCCGGGGAGAGCCGGCUGCGGGGCUGCCUGGGCCGUGGGAGCACAGCGCGGCCGGGCUCUGAGCCUCCUGGGACAGGAGCUGGGGGCUGGGGGUGCGUCCCACGGGUGGUCCUGUCUCACACUCCCCUCCCCCGUCCCUUAGCGAGUGGCAGAGGGUGUGGCGCCCGCCCCGCUCUAACUGGCGGUGAGGGUUCAAGACCAGGAAGCUGCCUCCUUGGGAGUCUCGAAUGUGGUGCUUUGGAGCCUCCACAAGCCACCCUCCUUCUGGCCCUUCUCUCACCGCUGGGACCGGGCACCUCCCAGGGACUCUGGUCAGUCAUGUCCUGGAUGGAACGGGAGCUUGUGGUAGGGGCUUUGGCUGAUAUCCCUGGGCACAAAGACAUCUGUGUCACCCGUGGAUGGCAACCGGGUGGACCUCGGCGGCUGUGCCCGGUGCGGGCAACCCUGAGGGCCAGAGGUCCUCAGCCCCGGGCCCUGAACGAGGACAUCUUUCCCCCGAGGAGAGGUCCGGGAAGGGCCCGUUCUCUCCGCCUCCCCGGGAGUGGACCCUCUUGGCUCCCUGCUGCCCAUCUCACUCCUGGGAACCGGCACUUGUUCUCACAUGUAGAAGCUUUGUGCUCACCCUGCGAGCUGGGAGGAAGGGGAGGGCCUCCUGAGCCGCCAUCCUCCCCACCAGCCGGCUGACCAGAGCUUAGGACCGUUGGUGUUCUGUGUAUGUGGACGCUCUCAUCAUGCUAGAGAGGGUCUCCCGCUGUUGCACUGCACCGCGCCUGUCCUGUUAAGGGUGUGCAUGUCCUUCCUGUCUCCUGUUGGCCUCUCUUCCCUUCUAGAAAGACCAAGCAGACCCCCAUGGCCAGCAGGUACAAUAGUUGGUGGUCUGAGUUCUCUGUCAUUUGGGAAGCAGAGGGGUUGGUUCUUGUGUCAUCUUUCAGUUAGUGUGGAAAACGGGGACCCGUCUCUUCCUCGGAAAUUGGUGCAGCGGUAGGCCUCGGACUGGGCAGGGCUCACGGAUCAGAGCUGAGAUGGGAGGGAAGGGCGUUUGGGGUGACGCUCGAGGUGGACUGGGGGCAGAAGAACCAAGCAAGGGAAGCUGGUUCCCCCAGGCUGGACCCCGGGUUCAGGUGUGAAGGACAGUCCCCGUGGGGACAGGACCACCUGUGCGACUGCCCCUGGAUUAUCAGGGUUGGGGGCCUAAGCGUGGGAGAGGCAGCUCCUGUGUCCCUCGCCUUCUCCGGAGCGUGAGCUGGGGCUCUGGCGCAUCCCACGACAGCUGGCCCCUUAACUAUUAGGUACCCGCCGAUCCCUCUGCCUUCCAGCCGACCACAGAUUCACUUCCCAACCUUCCCGACACCUGAAGCCUGUCUCCUGAGAGAACUAGAGGUAGAAUUUGCUUCUGUCCUCUCGGGAGCUUCUGUUCUUUCCCCUGCCCCAUUCUCUGCCUCUUUGUGCGUCGGGGAAGGGGAGGCCCAUCCCUGGGACCCUGGCAGAGCAUAGGGACUGAACCAAGCACUGCGGCCUGGGGUUGAGCAGCUGCGGUGUUUACAAGUUUCUCAACGUGUGUCUUUUCAAUGGCUGUUUUAAACAAAGCAGUCUGUUUCAGCUCUCUCCCUGAUUAAAGCAAGCCCCUGGGCUCGGAGGCAUCAUGCCCACGGUCCA